AUGGCCGCGUCAAGGACAAGUACACGUAAAAGUAUUGAACCGUCCAGAGAAAUACUGGACUGUUCGAUUUGUCUGGAGCAAUUCAGGACACCGCGAUCGCUGCCGUGUUUACAUACGUUUUGUGAGGAAUGUCUCGGUCUAUACAUUUCGUCCCAAGAGAGCAAGACCGACUUCCCAUGCCCUGUAUGUCGAUCGACUGUGCUACCCCCGAAUCCCAAAUCGUCGAAGAAAUCUUGGGCUGGAUCAUUUCCGUUAAAUCAUCUGAUUGUUACACUGAUGGAUGAAGGAAGUAAAGGCAAAGACUUUGUUAAAUGUACAAUGUGUUACGUUAGGGAUGAUUCAUCUGUUACAGCAAUAUACUGGUGUAACGAUUGUCGUGAGGGGCUUUGUGAAAAAUGUUACUCGUAUCAUCAGAAGACUAAAGUUCGAUCAAGACACAGCUCUAGUCUUAUAGAAGAAACGGGAGUCCCGAUCAAUCCAGAUGUAGAAAUUGAUGAAGAUUGUCCACGUCAUCGUGGCAAAGUUCUAGAGGUGUACUGUUCGGAUCAUUUGGAACUCUGCUGCGUUAUCUGCUUUGCUACCAAACACAGGGAAUGUAAACAUAUUACCUCCAUCGAUGACGUUUCUGAAGAGUUUGAUGUGAAGGAGGUAUGCUCGGCAUUCUUCUCUGAGAUGGCGGAAAUCACACGUGAAACGAAGUCUAUUGUUGCACUCAAAGAAAAAGACAUCGAAAAUGUUGGCACGAAAGUCAAAACCAUCGCCAUGGAAAUCACGCAAAUAGUUGACGUGAGUAAGGAUAGAUUGGAUUAUCUCCGAAAAUCCUUGAUUGAUAACAUGAAACACAAAUAUGAGACAGAAAAACAGAAAGUAGAGGAAAAGCAUAAAUAUGUCCAUGCCUUUGAAAAUGAUGUGAAAAAUUGCUGCAAGGUCAUAACGUCAGUAAGUUCCGGGACGCGUCGACAAGCUUUUGUCAUGUUCGAGAAGAUUAAGUCCGAACUUAGCAGUCACUUCCAACAACUCAGGUUGGAAAUGGCCGGGGAUGUUGAUUUGAACUUAAAGUUCAACAUGAAUUCUUCACUGGUAUCACUGGUCACUCUGGAAUCCUUGGGGGAAGUGGAUAUGCAGAAGGCGCCAUCUAGAAGAAUACAAAAGAUCCUGACACAGAUGGCUAGACACCUUAGUCGAUUCAAACAUCCCUCAUAUUUGGUAGAUCCCAUGCACUCCAACAUAAAGCUCGUUAAAUCUGUCACUAAGGAAGACGUUGGCCUCGGGCAAGUUAAUCUCGCUGGUGGAACGUUUUUACAGGAUGGCAGGUUACUUAUCGCAGACUUUUCCUCUAAAAGACUAAUCGUAUUUGGUGAAGAGUUUGAUGAUGUCACCACACUUUCCGUAUCAGGACAACCGACUGAUGUUGCUUUACAUAUUAAUGACGGAACCGAGAUAGUGUGUAAGAAACUUAGCGGAGAUGAGGUGUUCCGGCACAACGUUGGGAAGCCUGUAGAUGGCAUAGCCGUGGAUCAAGACGGAAAUGCCUAUGUCGUGUAUGAAAACAAGGACAGAACCGGAAGUGUGUACCAGACACCCUACGUCCCGUAG